AUGGGUGCUGGUAGUAAAAUCCCUUACCCAAAGCAUGUCUGGUCACCAGCUGGUGGCUGGUAUUCGCAGCCAAAAAACUGGAAAGCAAACACUGCGGUCAUGGGGGCAGUAAUCUUUGGUAUUACGGCCUUGAUGUUUAAGCUCAGCGCCGAGCGAGAGUAUCGCGAUAAAUUCCCAGAAGAAGGGAGAUUUUUCCCAAGUCGAUACUGGAGCAAACAGAUCAUUGAACACGAAAGGCAGAUCAAGGUGCGGAAAGACGCUGAGAAUCCCUAG